AUGAGCGAAGCAGACUCGACUUUAGACGCUACAGAGAUCCCACCUGAUCAGGAGAAGAUCAAGAUUGCUGUGAAUGGGUUUGAGCAACGGUUGUAUUUUGGUAUCCGUAAAGGUACCAAGAUCAAAAAGGUGUUUCAGCUGUUUGCAAAGAGCGUGGAUCUGGACUAUCGCACUUUGAUUUUCACGUUGGAUGGACGUGUGCUACGUGAGACAGACACUCCUACUUCUAUUGGACUAGUUGAUUCUGAUGUCAUAUUGGUGAAAUCAAACUCAGAUGGAGGGUUCGCCAUUGCUACCACUCUCUAG